AACUCUACGACAACAGGGCAAGUUUCCGCACCCUAGCCCACCUCCGUUACUGGAAACGCUGCCGCCGGCGAUUUUCGCGCCAAAAUUUCCUCUGCUCUCGGAAUCGAGUCCCCUCUUCUCUCUCCCAUCCACAAUACUAACGGAAACACUGCCCCCUUUCCUUUAAUCUUCGUAUCAUCCAGUUUCUUCAUUGAAACCCUACCUCCAUCUUUGUAACCUUCAACCUCAUCGUCACCGAGAAAUUGGAAGUGUUGAGUCUUGUAUCUGUGAUUGAAUUGAAAGCGGGAAUGCUUUAUUGAUUGAGGAAUGAUGUCGUCCGAGGGUUUGUUAGGGCUUUAUUAACCUUCAUAGUCGGGGGCGUAGAAGGAGAGGGAAUACGGGCAAGGUCGAGAUUUUUAGUUCCGGUGAUCUUAUUCUAGCAAAGAACUUGCAAUUCCGGCCAAGAUGAGUCUUGUGACUGAUUCACCAGUACACUCAUCCAGCAGUGGUGACGAUUUUGCCGCAUAUCUUGAUGCAGAGCUGGAAACUGGUUCUUCAGACUCAUUAGGUGAUGAAGAAGUUGAAGCUAAUAAUGAACUGGAGGAAGAUGUUGAGGAUGAUGAUGACCAUGAAAGUAAUAGGACAAAAAGGUUGAAGGUGGAGAAGGUUCAACAUGUAUUAGAUCCUCAAGGAUCAACCUCUCAGGUUUUGAUGGAAAAAAACAUAGAAGUAUCUGUGGAGCAGGACAUAUGUACACAUCCAGGGUCUUAUAAGAAUUUGUGCAUGAUCUGCGGGAAAGAAUUGGAUGUUGAAUCUGGUGUCUCAGUUGGGUACAUACAGCAGGGACUGAGGCUUGGAAAUGAUGAAAUUGUUCGCAUACGUAACACAGACAUGAAAAAUCUGUUACGUCACAAGAAGCUUUACUUGGUUCUUGAUCUUGAUCAUACGCUGCUUAAUUCAACUCAUCUCAUGGAUUUGACGCUUGAAGAGGAAUAUCUAAAGGGCCAAACUGAUUCUUUUCAAGAUAUUCCAAAAGGCAGCCUAUUCAGGUUGGACUUUAUGCAUAUGAUGACCAAGCUGAGGCCCUUUGUUCGCACAUUUCUCAAAGAGGCAAGUGAAAUGUUUGACAUGUACAUCUAUACCAUGGGUGAUAGACCAUAUGCAUUAGAAAUGGCCAAACUUCUUGAUCCCAGAGGAGAGUACUUCCAUGCUAGAGUGAUCUCACGAGAUGACGGCACCCAAAAACAUCAAAAGGGUCUUGAUGUGGUGCUAGGGGAAGAAAGUGCUGUUCUGAUUCUUGAUGACACUGAAAAUGCAUGGGCAAAGCAUAGGGACAAUUUGAUACUGAUGGAGAGAUAUCAUUUCUUUGCUUCAAGUUGUCGUCAGUUUGGCUACAAUUGCAAGUCUCUCUCUCAGCUUAAGAGUGAUGAAAGUGAGACUGAAGGAGCUCUCUCCUCCGUUCUUAGAGCAUUAAGGCAAAUCCACCAUAUGUUCUUUGAUGAACUUGAUGGCAAUCUAGAUAACAGAGAUGUGAGGCAGGUGUUAAAAACAGUUCGAAAGGAAGUUCUGAAGGGAUGUAAAAUUGUUUUCAGCCAUGUAUUCCCCACCAGAAUCCAGGCUGAUAGUCACCCUCUCUGGAUAAUGGCAGAGCAAUUAGGAGCUACAUGCUUAAGAGAGGUUGAUCCGUCUGUGACGCAUGUGGUCUCAAUGGAUGCUGGUACAGAGAAGUCUCGUUGGGCAGCCAAGGAAAAGAAAUUUCUGGUCCAUCCACGUUGGAUAGAAGCAACAAAUUAUUUGUGGCAGAAGCAACCUGAGGAAAACUUCCCUGUGGCCGGAGGUGCUACUGACCCUCAGUAGCAGUUGAUAGUUUGGGGACUCCGGCCCACUUUAGAAGUGUAACCUGAUUCUGUGUCAGCUUCACCCAGUCAACUACUAAAAGACCCAGGUCGUAGUUUAAUCGGCAAAAUUCCCAAGUCGGAGAUAGGAUUCUCAAAUUUUUGUAUUCAUGGUGGAUCUUUACCCUUUUGAUAACUUCACCCCGAACUUCUUGUAAAUAAUUGAUAAGCAUUUUUGUAGGGUUACAUGUUUAUCACUCUUGAACUUUUAUACGGG